UCAAAUAUGAUCAUUCUCGAAAUAAUUAUUCUACUCAUCAUAGUCUUCUGUCGAAAUCACGAAUUGAUUAUAUUUGGUCUUCAACUGAAGUCGUUUCUAAUUUCAUGGGUUGUGAUGUCUUAGAUGUUGAUCCUUCUUUGUCUGAUCACUUUCUGAUCACCUUUACUGUUGAAAAUUUCUUGGAUAUCAAGAACAAUAAGAGGAAUAUCCCUUCAAAAAAGAUUUAUGAUUAUGAUAAGAUGACUGAUGACAAAUGGGAAACCUUCAGCAAUAAA